AUGUAUCAAAAGAUUUUGCAAGACCCUCUUGUUUUCGGUUCAGAAAUCGGCUCAGAAGCGCGGAGCAUACUUACAGGUCUCCUUACUCGCGACCCAGCACGUAGGCUGGGUGUGAAUGGCGCUGAGGAGAUUAGGAGGCAUCCCUUCUUUGAGAAACACAUCGACUUAGAAGUUGCUACAGAAAAAGAUCCAGCCGCCCUUCAAGCCCAGUGUGAUAUGUCGAAUUUCGAUACCGUCUUUACAGCCGAGGAAGCCAUUGAUAGCUAUGUUGAUGGUUCGCACUUGUCACAGAUUGUUCAAGAUCAAUUUGCAGGUUUCUCCUAUGAUGGUUCUCACAUGCCUAUCAGUGCGUGA